UAAAUUAAUUUUCAGAUAAUGAAGCUUCUUCCUCUCAUUGUGGUUUUUGCUCUUUUGGCAGUCAUAUCAGAAUCAUAUUCUGGAAAUGACUUCCAACCUCGUGACAAUAAACAUCAUUCCUAUCGUUCAUGUGGGGAAUCGUUGAGCCGACGAGUUGCAUUUCUGUGUAAUGGUGGAGCUAUUCAAACAGAAAUACUAAGAGCUCUGGAUUGUUGUUCCACUGGUUGUACGGACAAACAGAUCUUUUCUUGGUGUGAUUUUCGUAAGUUAACAAGGAAGGAGAAACAGAAUUAUUCAGGUUUAAUUUUCAGAAAUUUGAACAGGACACAAAUAGUUUCUUUUCUACUUUGCCAUGUUGAAUAA